AACUUGUGCGCCAAGGCUCACGUCUUCGUUCGAUCUCUCCUGAUUUGACGAUACACUCCUCCAUCUCACUCUAGUUGUAUUAUUCUACACGCGUGUUUAACGCGCCUGAACCGCCACGGGACACAGGCUGAACUACACAAUCACCAUAUCUUCAAUUCCACGAUUAUCUUUAGCUGGGGAAACGGAGAGAAAACAAUCUUCGGUAGCUCUAGUAUAACCCCAGAACCUCGACCACGAACCGAUUGAUGACCACGGAUUGUUCGAGCAUUACUACCUGUAAUGUCGUCAAACAAUAGCGCUCCCGCGGCAAAACGCCGUUUCUCACUUACUCUUGAUGACGGUUUCGCCAGCUGCACGCUAUCGCCUUCUACUACCACCCAAGUUUGCUAUGGUGCCCUAUACGACGGCAAGGCGAAAUGUCUUGAUGGCUGGAAAGCGAUUGACAGCAAAAUUCAAGGUCAAACAAAGCGCUCAUCAUUUUUCUCCUUUCCCGUGAGGAGAAUGGGAACCAGUUUCUAUAUAUUCUUCGAAGACGAGAUCGCGCUGGCCGUCGUUGACCAACGGACACAAAAAUGGUUGGCAGCCUUGGAUCCCGUGCCAAAUGCCCGAUUUGAGGCGUUGUUCGCUGCAGGAUCUUUCACAAAACGAAGGAACAUUCCCAAGAAGGGAGUAGUGUUGGAUGGGAUGUCAGUCAAUAUCUUUGGCCCACAGGACGGAGUUGUCGAAAAGGACGCCGGCAAGCGCUUGAGGCAAGUCUCCGCAUUCCUUCAACAUCCGAUGGAACUGGCCUCGAACAUUCAAUACUACAAUCCUCAGUUCUUUGUCAGACCUGGCCGUGACAGGAACAUAACCCAUCUCGUUGGAGCUUGUCGCACCGAUAACUCUCUUGUUGCAGUCGGGGCGAGAAUUGCCCACGAAGUCAACGGCAUAUUGGAGUCCUUAGGAGGAGGACCAUUCGACGAGGGACUCGAGUUUAUUCCCCCCAUGGGUCUGUCCUCUGAGCUGAAAAGGCACCAGAUACAAGCCCUGCUCUUCGUUCUCAAACGAGAACCUGGAAACUCUUUCUCCCAGAAAUCACAAAUCGGUGUCCUUACAUCAACAAAGUCUAAUUUUCUGCCGAAAGAGACUCCUCAAGGCAACUUUGGUGGGCUAAUUGCCGACGUGAUGGGAAUGGGCAAGUCACUUACAAUUCUCACAACGAUCCUAUGCACUCUAGAGGAUGCUCGCAACUUCCCCCAUUUCUCUUUUCAGUCGCAAAACGUCGCUGAACCAGACCGAAGAACACCAACACAAGCCACUCUGGUUGUUGUACCCUCAGCGCAGCUUAUGUACAACUGGGUAGCAGAGAUAGAGAGUCACAUGCCUGGAGCCCUGAAACUCAUUCUGUUCCAUGGUCAACGUCGACCUAAGAACCCUGAAUCGCUGGCGUCAAUUGAUGUGGUUCUUACAACGUACGGAACGCUUGCUGCUGAUCACAAGAAGGCUCGCUUGCUUCAGAAAAUGGAGUGGUAUAGAGUUGUUUUGGACGAAGCCCAUUGGAUUCGUAAUCCAUCCUCACAACAAUUCCGAGCGGCUACCAGUCUCAGCACGAGCCGACGAUGGUGCUUAACUGGUACUCCCAUACAAAACAAGUUCGAUGACCUGGCGUCUCUCGCCCAGUUCCUUCGCGUUCCGCCGUAUCCUGACAAAAACGUCUUCCGGAAACAUGUGCUCGAACCCCUUGAAAAGGGGGAUCAAGGAUGUGUUGAUCCCUUACGGUUCUAUCUUCGCCAGAAUUGUCUUCGUCGCACAGACAAGUGCCUCAACCUCCCUAUGUUAACCGAGGAGCCCGUCUAUCUGCAACUAUCAAAUGAGGAGCAGGAGGCAUAUGACAGGAUUCUGAGCACCGCGAUACGUGCACUGGAUGAUAUUGUCAGUAGUGCCGACAAGACCAAACAGUCCAAAAAUGAAAAGAUCACUGUACUUUUCACAGCUCUUACAAGGUUGCGUAGGCUUUGCGACCUCGGAACGUUGCCGCCUAUACAGUCUUCUCCGGGAGACCCGGGACAAUCAACCGAGGAUUCCGACAUGCUGUGUGAGCUUUGUUCAUCGCAAGAUGCGGAUGGAUCUCUGUUGUUGAAGGAUGAACAGUUCUGUCCUGAUUGCUCGCGACCUCUUCGCUCCCAAAGAUCAGCAAGGAACACUGGCUACCUCACGCCAGCCAGUCAGCCAGACGGUGUUGACGAUCGCGCAACGAGCCCCUUCAUCCUGUCCAUGGACAAUGGGCACUCCACAAAGCUCUUGAAGGUCAGAGACAACGUGCUCCAGGCCCUCCAAGUUCAACCUGGCAUCAAGCAUCUAAUCUUUUCCGCUUGGACAUCAUCCCUCGGCUAUCUCGCCCAGCUCAUGCAGCAAGCUGGAAUCGCUCACGCGCAGAUCAACGGACGAACCAGCAAUGCAGAGCGCUUGAAACAUCUCAGAGCUUUCCAGGAAGACUCUCAAGUCUCUGUCCUCCUCAUGUCAAUUGGCACAGGGGCUGUCGGCCUCACACUCACGGCAGCCAGCCACGUCCACAUCGUCGAACCGCAUUGGAACCCCUCAGUCGAGGAACAAGCCAUCGGCCGAGCGCGCCGCAUGGGUCAAACCAAGGAAGUUGUGGUGACGAGGUACAUCACGACGGGGACCGUUGAACAGAACAUCCUCUCCCUCCAGCAAAAGAAGAAGAACAUCGCCCGCUUCACCUUCGAUGCCUCAAGCGGUGAUGCAGUGAGCGAAAGACUGGAUGACUUCAAGUUCGUUCUGGAUGCCAAACUCCCCUCCUGAAAGCUCGUGUGCGCAGCGGGAGCUCAAUAUUGGGGUAAUGUAGGACGGCAUAGGGAUCCUUUUGGCAAUUGUUGUAGGUAGGUAUUACAGGAUAAGGAGGAUGUAAUAAGAUGAGCAAGUUGUAUGUAGCGGGUUGUGCGUUAAAAAGGAAGUGGACACCUAUAGAGCUAAGGAGAAAACAAAAUGCGGAAGGGAAAAAAAAA